CUCUAAUUAAACAUUUCAGACGUCCUUCCAAUCUCUCGGGUAACAACAGCGAAGCAGGUCGCCACACAAUAAAUAACCGCGCAUCGUCGGAAGAGGCAGGACGGCGCCGAUUAAUCACAUUUCCUGGCAACCUGGACACGAACGCCCAGCAGCCAAGAAAAUCCCUUCUUCAGACACUGAGGGGUUGGCUACGCAAGACCUGGGGAAGGGGGGGGGAUAUUAAGCUUUUAAUUUCAGUAAAUAGUGGUGCAAUUACGAUGAAAGAAAGGCGAGCACAGGAGAUCAGUGACAAGAAUGGAAAAGGGCGGAAACUCAUUGAUCCUUUCAGCACAGCCACUUUAUCAUGUUCUCUUUCUGCUUUUAUUGUUCCUUUGCUCAGAUAACACGUUCCCUCCGGAGUUUGAACUACAUGAUCUGGGGAAAUAUUCGAUAUGACAGUAAAAAUGCGGGAAGGACAAAAGUGAAGGAACAGUGUGCUGUAAUUCUUGACUAUUGCAUUUAGCUUUACAUUCUGUAGACAUGUAGGGCCAGUCUGUGUUGCACGACAUGUUUUUAAAAGGCCCGUCUCCCGUCAAUAUAUGUAGUGUGUAGUAUUUACGUCCCUUUUACCAUAACAGGCGAAAGGGGUUCGGUUUUCGACGUCCUGCCCCCUUGCGGUAAGAACAAGAAAGUGCGACCAAAACUGUCAAUUUAAAUCUCUCAGAAAAUCUCUUGUUCGUGUAGACACUGGGAACAUUUAGUGUGUAUUCAUAAAUAUCAGUUAUUUUUAAAGGAUUAACUAGAAGAGUGAGGAUUAAUAAGGUCAGUCAAAAGAGAUACUACAAAAUAUUUUAAGGUCUAGUACAAACAUAACAGUAAUAUUACAUAAAUGCGCUUGUUCACAAAUAUGUCCGGAACCCCUUUCUUUGUGUUCUGUUUCCGCUGUGAGCGGAGGACCUAUUUUGAAGUUGCACCGUAGCAACGCGCUGAGGGCGAGCAGUUAGCAGUGAUAGUUUAGCGCCGAAAUGUCCUGAGUGACUUUGAAUGAGUUCGAUAAAGUGAAGGUUCGUUGACACUUCAUUCGUCUGAUGGUCUUAGACCGAAUGCAGAUGUUUUUGGCAGCUGCGCUCCUGUACCAUAGCUGCAACUUUAAUCGCUUGUUUGUCACACACUGCUGCCGUCGAUCGACGAUGGUCGGCCACUAAUUCUUGGCGGACGCUGUGUGCUCGUGCUGCGCUGUGCGCGUGUCCGCGAUGGCGCUCUCCUCCAUACUGCGCGACCUCCACCUCGCAGAGGGAUGCGACGCGGGUCCCAGGGAGCUGCUCCCUCAGAUCCAGAACAUGCUCGGAGAGGAGCGCGCCUCGGCGACGCGCAUACGCCUCCUGAGGGACGUCGGGAUGCUGUUCGAGAGCGCGGACGUCGGCUGGCUGUUGUCGGAGCGCGGCGCCGCUACGAGCCCAAGCCUGGACGAGCUGUACCGCGGGCUCGUGCGCGCGCUCACCGACCUGGCUGCGCUGCCCCCCUGCGAGACGGACAGCGGAGACCUACCCGCCAGCGCCUACGCGCGCGUUCCCGACGUGGCCCGCGAGGUGUGCGACGUGCUGCGCGUCCUGCUCGGCAGACUGGCCGGCGCUGAAGCCCAGGCGGCGUCGAGCCCCGCGAGCGCGAGGGCCGUGGUGCGCGCGCUCGCAGCCCCUCUGUGCGUGUUCGCCGCGACGCACGUGCAGGAGCAGCCGUGGAGCAGCCCGGAGUCGAGGAGCGCCGCUUCGCAGCUGCUGGAGGCGGCGGUGCGCGCGAGCGGCUCCGUGUCCGUCGCCGAGUUCCUGUGCGGCGGGACGCCGUCGGGGGAGCAACCCGGGGCCCUGAGCGCCGUCCUGCGCCUCCUGAGGCCGCAGAUGACCAAGGAGAGCUGGAAGCGAAACCAGGCCACCAAGUUCGUGUUUUCCUGGAUCCUUACGCGGGUCGGCCGGCCGUGGCUUGCCGACCAUUUGGACCACGUCUUCGCCUCUUCGCUCCUCAUCUCUGACGACUACCGCACAGAGAACAAAGUGCUGGGUGUCAAGUGUCUGCAGCACAUAGUCGUGAACGUGCCUGCAGCUGAUCUGCGGCAGUACAAUCGAGCCCAGGUGUUAUACCACGCUCUGUACAACCACCUCUACACCCCCGAGGCACAGCUCGUAGAGGUGGUCCUCCCGUGUCUGUUGGACCUCUUGUCUGUGCUGGAGAAGCCCUGCGGGAGCACGGAGAUGACUCGCCGGACCAACCGCUACGAUCAGGUGCUGCGACUUGUCUUGACGCACAUGGAGAUGGAGUACAAGCUGGCACUGCGCCGGGUGUACGCCAGAAACCUCGCCGUCUUUGCCCACAGGAUGGGUGUUGUCAUGAUUCGCCACUUGAAGAGACUGGAGAGAGUUAUUGUGGGAUACCUGGAGGUCUCCGACAGUCCUGGAGAGCAGUCCAGGCUUAGCAUCCUAGAUGUCCUUGAGGUGGUUCUACAGAACACCUGGCCAAGAGUGCAGAGCAGGCUGGGAGCGCUGGUGCGAGCUCUGCUGAAGCUGAUGUGUGAUGUUACUGCUGACUCCGGUCUGUGCUCCCCUGUGGCGAGGGAAGAACUUCUGGACAAGGCCACACGCUGCCUGCUGCUGCUGGACCGCUAUUCUGAAGGCCAGAUUAGGGCGAGUAUCCAAAUCCUGACAAAUAAGCACUUUCCCUGUGCUUGCCCAUAUGCCUACUGCUUGAGUGAUAGCGUUCACUGGAGAAAAGCAUUUAAGUAAAUGCUUUCUGCUGUGAAUUGACAGGAUGUGGGAAUGAUAUUUGUAGUAGUAUACCAGAGCACAUGUAAUGUGAACUGCAUGGUUUCCAUCAAAAACUGACCCUUCUACCUUACAGGUGCUGCUCAAUGAUGUGGACAGCAGCUGUGCCCACCAUGAUGUCCUUCAGUGUCUACAGCGAGUAAGAGACUCUAG